AUGAAUGAUUCAGAAACAAUAGAAAAUUAUGAAGAUUUCCUAUCCCAACUAUCUUCUACUAUGAUCCCAACAACUACAACAUCCUCCUCUCCCUCAGCAAUAUUCACUUCAACAUUAGCAACCCCACUAAUUUCAGAAACAGCACAAAUACCAUCACCAACACCCAAAUUAAAUAUUAAUAUUGUUGCCUAUUGUUAUAUAAUGCCAACAAUUUGUGUGCUAGGAAUUAUUGGGAAUUCGAUGAAUGUGGUAACACUAGCUAGUCCAAGAUUGAAAGCUGUUUCUUACAUGUAAAAAAUUUUUUGAAGAGAUUAAACCUAUAACUAUCUUCAAACAUGCUGAAACAGAUUUUUUAAAAAGCGAAACUCGAAACGCGAAAUUUUUAAACAUUUCUCCGAUAAGAUGAGAAAACUC